UAAGGAUUCGCUGGGGCGCUCUGGAGAGACAAGAGUCUGCCUGGGAGCGAAGCCAAGGACGAGAAGCCAGCAAGAAGCUAGAAGCAGGUUGGUAUGCUUUGCUUAGUUAUUUCAUGAGUAUCCGUCAAUCAUUGCAUCUGUAGAUUGUAGAUUCUACUCCUCUUGGGCAAACUGGAUGGAUCUAGUGGGCAGCGUCGCCCAGAUCGUCAAAAUUGCGCUCCAGAUACAGGAGCUGGUGAAGACGGCUCAGCGGAACAAGGAGGACUGCAAGAAGAUCGCAAUGCGCGUGAAAAGGCUUCGUGCUAUCGUCGAACGCCUCAGCAGCACGGAUGUGUCCAGCGAGAAAACCAUGGUCGACGCGCUCAACGACCUCGAGGAGACGUUCCUUCAGAGGCCCUCAAGCUCGUCAAAGCCUGCCAGACCAAGAACAAAAUGUGGCUCUUCCUCAGGGCCGGGAACGUAUCCAAACAGCUGCGUGAGGUCAAGGACGAGAUGAUGGACCAUAUGCACGUUGCCAACUUCGGCAACUGCGCCCAGCAAACUGUCAUUAUCACCGAAGCAUUUAUUAGAGAUCCUGCAGUGAAUCCAAAGAAAUAUUACAAAGUUCUGUCGAUGCAAGGGGAGCAAGAAAUGCAGGUGGUUGGUAGCCGUUUGGUAUGCCGGGACACAGAUAUUCGUGUUGCUGCAGUAUUGCUGAAAUUAAAUUAGUUUUUUUUGCAAAAUUGUUCUUGACAGAAGUUUCAGUUCUUUUAGAAUUUUUUUUCAGAAAGGGGAAAACCCUGGCCUCUGCAUCAGUUUUAUAUCUAGAUGAACAAAGUUUCAUUUUUGUACCAUAAUGGGAUAAUUUACUCGUCUAUUUCAGGGAGAUCAGGUGGAGGACGAACAUGCCAGAUACCCAAACGAUCAGUGGCAGAGCGUGAAUCAAAUAUUAGGAGGGGCCAAAUGAGUGUAUAUGGCAUAGAAAAGGCUAGGAUGAUCAGAGACGCCGGACGAUUAGUAGAGCAAUUAGCAGAUAAGUAAGUGUAUUUGGUAAAUUUUCCUUUUGAAAGGGGGGGCCAGGGCCCGGAAUUGUCCCCACUACGCUCCGCCACUGCAAACGAUGUUACAAGGUCAGAUUUGUGCAACGCACUCUUGCCAUGGAGGAUUAAUGUUUUUUUUAAUUGGAUAUAUGUCAGUGACAACUCCUCAAAACUUGAUCAGAAAAAACAUUACAAAAAACCAGUGCUGUUCAGUUUGUUUAGUCAUCCAUAUAAUAUACCAUUACGUGACAUGAAAAUACAAAAAUGCCAUUGUAAUGUUUAUCUUAUCCUAAAAAAAAGCAUUCGCAUUACCAUGGCAGAUCUGAAAUUCAUGGCGAGAAAGAUAAAUUCCCAGAAGGAAGCUUGGAGGAUACUAUAUCACAUAAGUCCAUACCUUCUAUAACUACCUUUUUAGAAUAUUAAUAACAUUCUUUGUAUGCACUUGUGUGUUGUUUCAUUGCAGAAUUCAGAAAUUUCAGUUAAUCUGAACUGAAGGCGAUUACAAAAAACUUUUCAAAUCAACACGUGAUUGGCAGAGGUGGUUCUGCUAUUGUUUACAAGGUACUCUGGAACAAUGUGGGCUUGGUUUGCCAUGAUGUCCUUUUUCCGACACAUAUUGUAUGAUAUAAACAUAACACAAAUGAUCAUUAAUAAUAAAGCCUAGCUAGGUCAAGUCAAAUUCAGAUAUAUACCAGAGGCAGCUAAUUUAACUAAUAAAUUGUGUGUAUAUGUACUAUGUGUGCCCGCUUUUCAGGGUGUAUUGGCCAAUGGAGCAGAGGUUGCCAUCAACAGUUUCUGUGUGGAUGCUUCGCAAGAUGAAAACGUAGUCCGUUAUGCUGAAGUUUUCUCAGUGCUACGACAGCAUGCGAAUGUAGUUAAAUUUCUGGGAUAUUGCCAGGAAAUAAAGAUUCAAAUGGUUCCAAUCGAAGGCAAAUGUGUGGCUGCUGAAAGGCGUCAUAUGUUAGUGGUGGAAGAGUACAUGCCCAACGGAAGCUUGUCUGAUAUUAUCGAUGGCAUGCUUUUCUCCAUUUAAGUUUGUAGUGGAGUAAUAUAUAUUGGUGACAAUUAAUUUACCUUCGGACGAAAAAAAUUCUUACUUAAUUUGUUGUUUGGUUGCACUCUCACAGGGUCAUCGCAGCAGCUGGACUGGACCUCCACAUUUCGAAUCAUUCGAGGGAUUGCACAGGGCGUAGCUCACAUCCACACCAAAGGGGCUGUCCAUUUGGAUCUGAAACCAGCCAACAUCCUCUUGGAUUCCAACAUGAAUCCUAAGAUUUGUGACUUUGAGAGGUCUAAAAUACUGAAUCAAAAGGAUGAAGAUGUCGCUGAGAGAGUGACGGAAGAGUUGGCGGGAACACUGGGCUAUUUACCCCCGGAAUACAUCACAGAUGGUAUUUUUUCAUUUAAACAUGAUGUUUUCAGCUUCGGCAUUCUCCUCCUCCAUACCAUUAGCAAGUCGGGACUUCUGCAAGAUUCAACUGAUUGGAUUCCAAAUGCACUUAAGGGAGAAGACAAUGUGGACAGCUUAUUAGAUACUUCAUCGCGUGAUGAGUCUGAGCUAAAGGAAAUAAAAAGAUGCAUGGACAUAGGACUGCAGUGCACCGCAAAGGAGCGGACAGAAAGACCCACCAUGUCGGAUGUUAUUGACUUGCUAGACGGCAAGGAGCUGCUCCGGAAGCCCCCAACUGGGAAUAAAGCUUCGUCAUUUAAGAAGAAAGGCAAAGCAUGAUCUCCCAGAUUGUGAUGUGGUUUGGAUCCCGGAGAAGUGCGCAAGAGGUUUGUGAUGCAUUAAAUAGAAUGCUGCUAGUUGGGUUGUAAGAGGAGAUCAUUCUCCAAUUCAAAUUUCUAUAUAAUAGUCACCAACCAAUGCAGCUGCAAGGGCUAGCCGAAUGAGUUUUUCGAUUGUAUUAAAGUUUGAUGAGUUUUCAUUUGUAUGCAUCAAUUCGUCUUGCUAUUAAAUCUUUGUCAA